UCACAGCUGCGCCAUGAACGUCUUCCUGAUCGCCGCGGGGCUGGUUCUCCUGCUGGACAACAUCCACGGGGAACUUGCUCCUGGAACGUCUAAGAAGGUUUCUGGCGGAUCUUUCUCUCUUGGCUCAGUGACGGAGAAGACCAAGAGCCCGGUCAGAGGCAAGCAAGGAGGUGGAGGACUUGGAGGCGUUCAUUUUGUUGGCGGUCAUUUAGGCAGUCAUGAAAAUGGUGGAUUUGUAGGAGGUCAUGGAAACAGUAGAUUUGUAGGAAGUCAUAGAAAUGGUGGCUUAGUAGGCAGUCAUGAAAAUGGUGGAUUUAUAAGCGUUCGUGGAAACGGUGGAUUUCAACCAUUUCAUGGAAAUGGUGGAUUUGUAAGCGAUCAUGGAAACAGUAGAUUUGUAGGAAGUCAUAGAAAUGGUGGCUUAGUAGGCAGUCAUGAAAAUGGUGGAUUUGUAAGCGUUCGUGGAAACGGUGGAUUUCAACCAUUUCAUGGAAAUGGUGGAUUUGUAGGCGGUCAUGGAAACGGUAGAUUUGUAGGCAGUCAUAGAAAUGGUGGACUUGGUGACAGACUUGAAGGUAUUGCACAUUUUGGAUCUACCGAAAUUGGUCAUGGUGGACCCAUUCGGCAUGUUGUGGGACAUGGUAUUGGUGGACCCAAAGGUGGAGGUAAGGGAGGCUCCAUUUUUCUAGAUGCAAACAUUGGCGAAGGCAAGGGCCGACCCAUUGGUCAUGGUUCUGGGGGACCCAUUAGUCAUGGUGGAGUAUUUAGUUUGAGUGGAUCUAAUGGUGGAGGUAGACCUACCAGCCACGGUGGACCUGUUGUAGUACUUAGGGAUGGAGCCAUUAGUCAGAGUGGUCCCUUUAGUCAUACUUCGGGUGGACACACUGGUGUUGGAGGGGGCGGCGUUGUCAGAGGAGUAAGCGGUGGUUUUAAUCUUGGUCAUGGUGGUCCAUUCAAAGUUGACCAUCCCGGAGGAGUGCUGGUUGAGCUCACUGGACCAGUUGGUGGAGGACACAGUGGUUUUGGAUCCGUCGGAGAGAGUCAUGUGUCAGUCACCAAAGGGCAUGGCAGACCUACAGUAGGCAUCUCAGGUGACGGCGGACCUGUUGGAUCCUUUGCGGGAGGGCACGCCGUUACCACAGGACAUCGUGGACCUGCUGGAUUUGUAUUUGGAGGAGGACCUACUGGAACCAUUGGAGGAGGACAUGUCAAUACUGUGACUAGGACUAAAGAGCAUCGAGGACCGACAGUAGGCAUCCCUAGAGGCGUGGGACCACUUGGCGCAGUCGGAGUAGGGGAUCGUGGAGGACUGGCCAUCACACAAGGACAUCGCGGGCCUGCUAGUUUUGGAUCUGCUGACAAAAAGCCCACUGGAGGGCAAGGUGUCUUUAGAGUACACAGUGGACCUGUGGGAGGAGGACAAGCCGAUGCUGGUGACUUCUUCGGAGGAGGGCGUGACGUUCCUGGCAUUAGAUACAUCGGUCCAUCUUUCGAUGUUGGAGGUGAGCACCGACGACCUGGACGUGUGGUAACCGUUGACAGAGAACACAUUGGUCCUAUUAAGAGCUUCUCUGGGAGAGGUCACAGUGUAGGUGUCGGAGGAGGUGGUUUUGGAACUCCUAGGGUUACUGCAGACGCUGGCACUCACUUCAGCACUCACAUUGGCCACGGUGGUGCUGGAGAUAAUGUAGUUGUUGCUGGAGGGAGAGGAGGUCAUAUUGCAGCCCAUAGAGGUGAGCACAGAAAUGCUUUAGCCGUCAAUAGUGUCUCUGGAGGAGGGGGUCACUCAGUAGCCCACGGAGAUGGAAUAGAUGUGUCUGGAGCUCCUCUUGGUAGAAGCAUUCAACACAAUGAUCCAACUGGUGAUGUCUUUGGUGGAAGUCAGACAGAUGGCUUUGAUAUCAUCCUCGGCCAAGGAAGAUACAUCGGUUCUAUUGAGCCGGGUGCGGACACUCUUAACCAAGCUUUAAUGAUGCAAGUCUUCCACGGUAGCGAUGCCGAACUUGGACACAUAAGCUCUGACGAGGUUGACAUCGGUUCUCUCGGAGUUCAAAAAGAUAGACCACACAGUAACCCCAAAGAUUCAGUAUCAUUAUCCAUCGGAGGCAGAAGUUCCGGUGAAAAGGGACAUGGGAGAGGCUCUGGACAUGGAGAUUCUUUAGAAGCUACCAGUUUAGUGUCCGGACUCGGAAGAGACUACAUCCUUCCUGCAGGGGGUCAUGAUGGUGGAGGAGCGACAUCUACAAUUAACGUCAGCUUCGGCGAGGCUCCCGGCAGUGGUUUCAUCAGUCGCGUUGGGUCAGGAGCUGCUGAUCAUGUUGUAGCUUCAGGUAAAAGCAAAAAAGACUUCUCCAGACACUAAUUGUCCCAAGCCAAUAGACUGUACAAACAUGAGUAUACAGAACGAUUUAUACGAGUUUAUAAUGUGAUAUAUGCUGAUGACGUGUGUGUAUUUUGUGUGUUUUUGGGGGGGUGGGAUUAUUCUUACAUGUUUAUAUUGAAAUAAAUGUUUAUUUUACGUA